AAAGUUGGCGUGAGUGAGACAGUGUUGUCACAAACUUGUUUUUCCCCAAAUUCAAAGCCUUUUUUGGUCAAACUCAAAUCAAAACCUCAUCAUCACAUACAUCACACUCAACACCCCAACAACAAUACAAUCUCUCCAAACAUAAAUUAAAACCAUUCUCACUCACAUUUUCGUCUCAGUAACUAUAAUCUCGCCACACAAUAAAAUCAAUGUUUCUUUUCAAACUGUAACAGCUACAACACCUUUAACAUUCCGCCCAAAUCAUAGCCCAAUUUUUCCACCUCUUUUAUUCCUUUAUUAUAUAGUUGACUCCUACUUAAUGUGCCACUAGUCAAUCAUAUUAUAAAAUAAUUACUACUAUAUACUAAUAAACACACUCUUUUUCAUUCUUGUUGAUUUUGCUGGUGAAAUAAAAGAAACUUUACUUUCCAAGGAAAAACAAAAGAAAUGGAUGAUCUUUUGUGUAAAGAAAAAGAAACGGUCUUGGAAGUAGAAGUGAGAAAUGAAGAAUACCAAUUGAAUCAAUCACACCAAGAAUUUGAUGUUUCAGAAGAGGAACAUGUGGGUGUGAUGAUUGAGAGAGAGAUCGUUCUUGGGUUCAAAAAAGAUGAAAACUUGGUGUUUGAUGACUGGUUGAAACGUGCUCGUUUGAAUGCAAUCAAUUGGAUUCUCAAAACAAGAGCAGCAUUGGGUUUUGGCUUUCAAACAGCUUAUUUAUCAGUGACAUAUUUGGAUCGAUUUCUUUCAAAGCGUUCCAUUCAUGGUGAGAAUCAUUGGGCAAUUCGGUUGUUAUCAAUUGCAUGUCUUUCUCUGGCUGCAAAAAUGGAAGAGUGUAAUGUGCCAGGGUUAUCAGACUUUCAAUUGGAAGAUUAUUUUUUUGAUGGAAAAGUGAUUCAAAGAAUGGAGCUUUUGGUGCUUAGUACAUUGGAAUGGAACAUGAGUAUAAUCACUCCCUUUGCGUUUCUUUCUUAUUUCAUCAAAAAGUUCUGCAAUGAAUCACCAACAAGUUCUGUUGUUUCCAACACAAUGCAAAGAAUCUUCACUGUAAUAAUGGAAGAGGUUAAUUUGAUGGAUCACAAACCAUCUGUUGUUGCAGCAGCUGCUACUUUUGUGGCAUUGGAUCAACAAUUGACCAUAGAAGAUGUGAGGUUAAAAAUGAAUUCAAUUUCUCAACAUCCAUUACUUGAAGCAAAUGAUGUAUUUGCUUUCUACAAUCUAAUUCAAAGAUUAUAUGAGGAGAAGAUUAAAAGAGUAGAACUUUUAUAUACACCGAAUUCUUCAGUUAUUCGAUCCAGACCUAUUCACUAUGCUGUUGCUAUGACAAAGAGAAGAAGACUCUCAUUCAUUGAUGAUGAAGAUGGUGGUGACAAGAAGGGACCACACCAAGAAAAUCCCAAAAUUUGAACUUUUUGAAGUUUUAACAGUUCUAUGUGAAGAUUAUGUGUUGUCCAUCUUUGUUACUUUUUGCUAUAGUAUCAUAUCACCAAGAGAGAGGGGGAAAACUUACAAGAGAAAGGUAUUGAUUGUUACUAGACGAAAAAUUGGUUUGGAUUCAUUGGUUGUUACCAUGAGGAACAGCAAAGAAAAUGUGGAAAUAAAAAUUCAGGCUUUGGGAUACAUACAAUAAUCAGAGUCUAAAUAGCACCAAUACCUUGAAUUGAAGAUAUAUCCAGUGUCCAACACAUGUCAGUGUCUGACAUCGAUAUAUGUGAUUAUAUUCGAUAACUUAUAUUAUUUUAAAAGUAUUAUUAUUA